AUGCUGGACCUUAUCAGGGAAGCACCUAUAGGCCAGGCAAUUCGCCUAAUUACAAGAAACAGAAUUCUCAAGUAUCCAGAAGAGGAAGAGGGUUUUAAGCUACCCGAUGAGUACAUCGCCCAGCUGAAAUCAGACGAGAAACCCAAUAAACAUCACCAGCCUCGCAAUUUGGAUGGAGCAGUAUCUGAAUCCGGUGGAGGGGCAAAUUAUGAAACGAUCGCCAGUGUUUAUACCGCCCCGUACAGCAACGAGCGACUACAGGCUGAAAGGGAACUUGAAUUGCAAGGUACGAAGUCUAUUGUGAUCAGUCCUCAAAAAACUGCAGACGGCGUUGUUCUUGUUGAUUGGUAUACCACAGAUGAUCGAGCGAAUCCUCAAAAUUGGUCUCGACUCAAGAGAUACUUCGUUCUGUUCGUCCUUUGCUUUUACACAUGGACAAUCUACUGUGCCGGACCCAUUUAUGCUACCGCUGAAGAGGGAAUUCAACGUAAAUUUCACAUCAGUCCUGUCGCUUCCACUCUUGGCCUUGGGCUCUACGUCCUCGCAUAUGGCAUUGGUGAUCUCCUCUUUUCGCCUUUAUCUGAAAUCCCAAGCAUCGGGCGGAAUCAUAUUUACUACCUGACAUACAUUGUGUACUGGGUUUUAUCAUUCCCUGAAGCUGUUGUCGAUAACUUUGGUGGACUAUUAGCACUGCGAUUUUGGCUUGGUUUUUUCGGUAGUCCAGCUCUGGCCAAUGGUGGUGCUACAGUCGGAGACAUGUUUUCUCUCACGUACAUCCCUUUUGGCCUUUCUUGGUGGGUAUUCUCUGCUUGGGCUGGCCCUGCAAUUGGACCAGUGAUAGGAGGUUUCGCUGCGCAAGCCAAAGGGUGGAGAUGGCCUAUGUGGGAAAUUGUGUGGAUGUCUUCCCUUUCGCUGGUUUUCCUACUACUCUUCAUGCCUGAGACCUCUGCACCUACUAUCCUAUUGAGGCGUGCACGUCGAUUACGCAAACUGACCAGCGAUGCAAGGCUUCAGUCGCAAAGCGAGAUUGACCAGCACCAUAUGAGCACAACCGCUAUCCUCUUCGAUGCAUUGGUCAAGCCAAUGGAGAUUAUGAUGAAAGACCCGUCCAUCUUCUUCGUUAACCUAUAUACUGGGUAUUUCUACGGUGUAUUCUAUACGUUUUUUGAGGUCUUUCCUCUCGUCUUUCCAGUAAUGUAUGGCUUCAACCUUGGACAGACUGGUCUUACGUUCUUGUCUUGCCUUGUUGGAGUCAUUAUUGGUCUUUCCGCAUAUUUUGCCUAUCUCCAAUUCUAUAUGAUUCCCGAUAACAUCAAGCGUGGCUUCCGGGAGCAAGAGCACCGACUGGUUCCUGCUAUCAUUGGCUCAUUUUUAAUGCCGAUCGGUCUCUUCAUCUUCGCAUGGACAGCUAAUCCAAAUAUUCCUUGGGUGGUGCCACUUAUCGGAGUGGCCAUCUUUUGUUUUGGACACUUCUGGACAAUGCAAUCUCUAUUUAUCUACAUCCCGCUGUCUUAUCCCAAGUAUGCCGCUUCUCUGUUCGCUAGCAACAGUAUUUGGAGAUCUGGUAUUGCUGGUGGCGCUGUUGUCUUUGCAAGGCCACUAUUUAUCAACUUGGGUGUUGACAAAGGUAUGACAGUUCUCGCUGGAUUGAGCGUGAUGGGCAUCUUCGGUACAACGGCCAUUUAUAUAUUCGGGAAGAGGCUGAGAGCAAGAUCAAAGUUUGCGCAAAGCUAG